UGGUCAAGUGCUACGGAGUACGGCAACGCGUAGUAAACUAAACGCGAUAUCCGCGAUAUCGUAAAGCGGAGUGAUUAACGUACACGUUAUUUAAAUAGUUCAACUUUAGCCAUGGCGGACGUUUUGGACAUCGAUAACGCUGAGGAGUUUGAGGUGGAUGACGAGGGAGAUCAGGGUAUCGCUCGUCUUAAGGAGAAGGCGAAGAAGAGGAAAGGCAGAGGCCAUGGUGCAGAAUUAGUGUCGACGAGAGAUGACGUUGGUCAUUAUGAGUCCAUGAAUGUGGUUGAAGAGGACGACAACGAGCCUGGCCCUCAGAGAUCUGUGGAAGGAUGGAUCUUAUUCAUAAAUUCAGUACACGAGGAGGCACAGGAGGACGAUAUUCAGGACAAGUUCUCUGAGUUUGGCCAGAUCAAGAACUUGCAUUUAAAUCUGGAUAGAAGAACGGGAUUUCUAAAAGGCUACGCAUUGGUGGAAUACGAAACGUUUAAGGAGGCACAAGCUGCAAAAGAGGCUCUAAACGGCACAGAAAUCCUAGGUCAGGCUAUCUCCGUCGAUUGGUGCUUCGUAAAAGGACCGAAGAAAAUCAGGAAAAGAAGUCACAGAAGGCGAUGAGAAUUAUAGAUUAAUAACUAUGAUAUCGUAUCUUCUAUUAUGUAUCGUCAUUUCAAGCAAGACAAGUUAUUUUAUAAUUGAUAAGCAUUUUGUAAAUGCUGGAAAUAACAUAUAAGUUACUCUUUCUAAUGAUUUCUCUCUCGUUAAAUCUAUUUGUAAUCUAUCUAGAAGGACGUCAUAUACAAUUAGUUAAUAAAUGGAAGAUCAUGAACUCAGAUAUCAUCUACUGUGCAAGCUAAAAUAUCAAUAUUUUGUGUGAAUAUUUCAAUUUGGUUUCUUUCAUAUACUUCAUCUGGCAACAAUUUUACAAUUCAUCACUAUACCUUGUACCAAUUUGCAUAAAAUAAAUAUAUGUCAUUAAAAUUUUA